CAGCGCAGCUCCCGCCGCGGGCUCCUCCCGCUCCUCCCGGGCUCCUCCCGCUCCGUCUCCAUCGGCGACGCGCUAACAGGAGCGGGGCGGGGGCUCUCCCUCGGGUGCCCCCCGCCCGGCUCCUCUGGCAGCUGCGGAUAAUCCCCCCGCAAUGAGCUCCGAGAACGUGUUCGCUCCAGGCGGAGGAUACAAAUGGAGAAAAUACAGCCUGAAAAGGUGCAAACCACGGAAGAAUGGCUAAGAAACUACAGUUUAGAAUCCUUGCAGUUAACAUUUGAGCAUCUGGUAAAUGAAGGCAAAUGUGUUUUGAACUCAAGAACUGGUGUUGAAGAGAGAGAGUUUACAGAAGAGACUGUUACGAGUUUUGAGUCGAGGCUUUCUGAAGUGAUUGAACUUUAUCAGCAGCGAAUUCAGUGGCUGUUGCAGGACAGCAGAAAGGUGUUUGGCCUUAUAAAAGGAACCAAAGUUGGGCUUGUGGUUGAUGUGUCUCAUGUGAGUUACAGACCUAGACUACUGGAUUUUCAGAAAGACCUUCUUUGCUUAAUAGAUGAACAGCUGUGUUAUAAGAAGCAACUAUACUGCCUGUCAUUCAGUACAGAAAUUUCACCUUUGUGGGAGAGUCCAAAACACAUCGAUGGUCAUGUGCUACAUGAAGCACGACAGUGGAUACAACAGCUGGAGCCUGGUCGAGGCUGCAAUCUGCUGAAAGCCUUAAAAUGUGUCCUUACGAUGAAAGAACUGAAUUCUCUUAUCCUUGUUGUAGGAAGCUGCCCUGAUCAGACUUCGGAAAUAUUGUGUGACUAUAUUCAGCAGCGUAUGCUGGGGAGAAAACUGCAGGCUCAUGCUGUUAGCUAUGAUUGCAGCAAUCCUGCUUCUCUUGCAGUUCUAAAGAACCUUGCAGAAGCUGUGAGAGGCCGUUAUCAUUGCUACACUUCAAAGGAAGAGAAUUUUGAUAGCAGUGACCUUCAUCUGCUGCUUCAUGAGUCCCAGAAGGCUAAGGACUUACUCAAGAGCAUCAAACAGUCUUUUCAAAGAAGAAUAGACGGCCCAGUUAUAACUAGAAUAGCAGAUGUUUCCGCAGAAUUUGCAAAUACAGCACCUUCCAAGUUCUUACCAAAGCCUCAGGAGCACAAAGGACCAUUAGUUAUUCAAACAUCAUGCGUCCUGGCCAAAACCUCAAUGGACUGGUUAAAAACGAAUGGUUUGAAAGCAAAGAAGUUAAACCUUUAUCAAGUUUUGGCUCCCAAUGCUUUCUCUCCUGUGGAAGAAUUUGUACCUAUUCUUAAAAAAACAGUAUCAUCAACUUUGCACGAGAAAGCGAUGAUGCAGUUUGAAUGGUAUGAUGGAACUGUGAAGAAUAUCCACAUUGACCUGCCAGCAAUAUACAGCUAUCAGAAACAGCUUGCUAAAAUGGUAAGAGUCUAUGAGAAACGGAUUGAAUGGCUAUCUGUUGCUAGUAGAAGAAUAUGGGGAAAUGUUUGUGAAAGGAGGGUGGUUAUACUUGUUGAUAUAUCAAUGACAAACUCCAUGUGCAUCAUCCAUAUCAGACAUUCUUUGCGACUUUUACUUGAGGAACAAAUGUCAAAUAAGGAUUACUUCGAUAUUAUAGCAUUUGGGAGUGAUGUUGUGCCUUGGCAGCUGGAACUGGUUCCUGCCCAACCAGAAAACUUAGAAAAUGCUUGGAGGUGGGUGUCAAACUUGCAGUGCAAAGGGAGUAGAAAUCUCAUGGGUGCUCUCAGGAGAGCUGUGGAAGUGGACUUCAAAGACAAAGAGAAACACAAAUCACAAGGACUUUACCUGCUGACUACUGGAAUACCUGAUCAGGAAACGCACACAGUCAGUGCUUAUGUAGCUGAGGUUUGCAGAGGGUUUGAUUUGCACCUUCAUGUCUGUCUGUUCAGUGUAAUGGAGAACAUGGACUCCAGUAGGAUUAUGCCAGCCCGCUAUGCUAACCCGACUGAAACUGCCGUUGCUUUUAAAGAAAUAGCACAGGCAGCCAAUGGGAGAUUUCAUUGGUUUGGAGAAGCAGGUAUUUUUGAAAGUGAUGAUAUCACUGUUAUUGUGUCAGAAGUGGAAAAAGCAAACAACUACUCCCAAAAGUGUGCAUUCCUAGUGGAAUCCUUAAAGCAACGUUCAGUAAAUCGGCCUGUUACUGCACUUAUACCAGAAAGAGACUCCAACGUGGUUACAAAGAAAGAGAAAGGAAGGCCACAGAAGUUGCCAUCUCCUAAACCCACAGCUCUGAGUCUGGCUAGAAUGUAUACGAAAGACAGCCAUAGUACGGAGAGGAAUAUGUCCCCAGGAGUAUUGGCAUGGCGUCCUCCUAGUGCUAAAGCAGACAUUCCACCAGCACAAACAAUAAAAGAAUGGCCUCAGACUGAGAAUAAAAGAAAGCGUAAACCAAGGAAGCAGCCAGAAAUUUCUGUGUCAGUAUUUUACACUGAUAAAGGAAGAAAUGUGGGUACAGUAUACCGAAAGUAUCCAAAGAUAACAUGUGUGAGAAACUCUAUUUCUUCUGUUAAGUUGCCGAAAAAGGAGGAAAUUUGUUCAAGCAAAGAGUGGCUGACCAAGUAUAGCAUUAAAAAGCUUAAACUGGAAUUGCCCAGACUGAUGUUCGGUCCAGGCUGUACUCACCAAAAGCAAACUGUGGAGUCUCUGCACAAGAAAGUAUCGGCAAAAUACUGUGCUAUCUUCCCAACUGUAGAAAUCAAUGGGGUUGUGAAACAUCUACAGUUUCAAUCUAAAGAACUGGAAGUCUACACUGAACAACUGGAGAAAGUGUUGCAGCGCUAUAUACAAAGAAUACAGUGGCUUCUGUCAGGAAGCCGAAGGUUGUUUGGUACCAUUUUAGAAGCAAAUGUCUGUGUUUUGGUUGAUACAUCUGGUUCCAUGGACCCAUAUCUGCCACGUAUCACAAAAGAACUCACGUCCCUUAUUUGGGAACAGCUGAGAAAAAACGAAGUCAGGUUUAACCUGCUGAGAUUUGCAGAAAAUGCAGAGAGUUGGAAGGAGUGUCUUGUAGAGGCAACUGAUGAAACCUGUCAUGAUGCUGUGCAGUGGGUGUCCAAAUUCCACGCUCUUGGUAAUACGUGCAUCCUUAUGGCUUUACAGAAGGCUCUCAGUUUCCAAGGUAUAGAGGCACUGUAUGUAUUGACUGAUGGAAAACCAGACACCAGUUGCAGUCUGAUUUUGAAAGAAAUUGAAAGACUGAGAAAGAAGCAAGAUAUUAAAAUCCACACCAUUUCUUUUAGCUGCACAGACAGGGGAGCUAAUGAAUUUCUGAAGAAGGUCGCUUCUCAGACAGGGGGGCGCUACCAUUGCAGUUCUGGAGCUGUGGAUGGACAACUAGCAGCACACAGAAUGCUGACAGAGGGGCUCGAUGAUGAAGAUGAUCCAGUUUUCCCUAGCUUUGAAGGAGAUGAUUUAAAGCAGCUUACUCAAGAAGUAGCAAAAGGCAGAAGUUUCUUGAAGCAGGCAAAAUCUUUGAGGUUAUUACUUCAGAAAUGGAAUAUAAAGCAAAAGGACGAUUCUGGCUUUUAAAAAUGUGCUCAGGAUUAAAGUUUAGAUGAAGAAAAGAUGCUACGGUGGUUUGGAGUGGUACCAUUAGCCUGCUUCUUCUCAGAGUGUGCUCCAAGGUUCCAGCUUCAAGCAGAAAGAGGGAAGAUGCACUCUGUUGCUAAACUUCUGGCGAGAGUUGUUACAGAUGAUAAAUGGUGCUGACUUAUUCCACUUGCAGACUUUGCAGGACUUGAAUCAGGCCCUGAACUCUCUGAGGUUUAAACAUAAGUACAAGAUAUUUUUCAAUAUAUCUAAUACAAAUUUUAAAAAAAAUAUGUAUUUCUAAUAUAAUCAGUAGUUACCCAGCGUCACAACUCUUGGUUCUGUUCAAUUCUAUUGCAUCAUACUAAUAAUUGCUUUAAUCACUUGGGGGUAUGUCCAAGACGUCUAUUUUGGCAGUUGGUUUGAGACUGAUUUGCUGGUGCUCCUUAUCCCUAACAGAUGGGGCAGAUGGCUGUGAUAGUAGAGAGAGAAUUCUUUACAACAGUUUUGCGUAGGAAGUCUAAGAAAUAGCCGAGAAAAAAGUUUGCUAGUAGUUAUUUCAACUCUUUGCUUUUUAUGUUGAUAGUAGAGAAUGACUUAGUGUUGGUGAUUUCUGAAUCAACAGACAUGCAGACAGGUAGUAUGUUGUUGCUGAUAAAGCCUGGUUAUGUUUGUGUAACCAGGCACUGUCAAUCUUUAAGCAAUUCCAUUAAGUUCUUAAGCGUUUCCUGUCCUAGAAAUAUAAAAAAUGUUAGUCAGUACCAUAGAACAAAAUUGUGCUCAAGUUUAAGCUAACUGCACUAGAGGCAUAUAUUUUUCUAUUUGAUGUAUGAAAUAGACGGUUUUUUUAACUGAGAAACUCUGCAGUGACUGCUCAUUAUUAUUCUGUAGGUGCUUACUCUUUUCUUUGAGAAGGCUAAGAAUUAAUCUCAGGUGUUUAAAAUAUGUAAUACUUAAUAAAAAUAGAUUCAGACUGCAAAAUUCAAAUACCUGAUCCGAGUUUAUUCAGGAGCCAUUUGCAUCUCCUGAGUGCCAGCUGAUGGGAAUGACUGGAUAUACUUUGAUAUAGGAGAUGUUAUUGUCUCUAUCCUUCCAUCUGU